UUUACAAUGAAAUUACACAUCAUAAUAAGAAUCAUCACUUGGAAUUUCGUUCGUAAGAAAUGAAUAACAAACCUUACACCGAUGAUGAUAUACUCUAUAUGGACCUUGUGACCCAAUUCUUAACGUGCUUCCGGAAGCAAUGGUUGACUUGGCUUGCUGAUAGACAUGUGGUUUAUAGUUUUUGUGAAAAAGAUUGAUAUAGUAAUGUAGGAAUGACCUUCGCUUGGUGUCUGUUGAAGAUUUGAAUAAGUUCAUUAUGGCAACUGUAUCAGUACUCGAUUGGACAGUGGAUGAUGUUGCCAUUUGGCUGCGUGGGAAUGGUCAUGAACAGUACAUAGAUUUACUGUGUAAGACUCAUCUUAUUGAUGGAAAGGCAUUACUUCUGUUGAAUGAAACAGACUUUCGAACAGACCCUCUCAAUAUUCAGGUGCUAGGCGAUGUGAAACGACUGAGUUUGAGUCUUCGCCGUUUGCAAUUUGAAAACCAACAAGCAUUAAUCAGUCUUGGCUAUGAUCCUGUCUCCAUGCUCCAUUUGUCAAACACUUCUUAUCUAAAUCCAAACUCUGUGAUGAUGCAUUAUUAUGGUUCACAAAGAAAUGAGGGAAGUGUGGACUCUUUGCUAUACAUGGAUACAGAGCAUCAUCAUUGCACUCCUCCAUUAUCAGAAGAUGGUCGUGCUUCUAAACUUAGGCCAGAAAUUUGGAAAGCUCUCAUAAGUCUUGGAUAUCUUUUUGUAGUAACAUGGAUAACAGCAUUUGUGAUGGUGAUUGUGCAUGAUCGUGUUCCUGACAUGAAAAAAUAUCCACCGUUGCCAGACAUUUUCUUGGAUAAUGUUCCCCACAUACCAUGGGCCUUCCAUAUGUGUGAACUGACAGGGACGUUACUCCUGUUCAUUUGGCUUAUAGUUCUUAUGUUUCACAAACACAGGUUCAUUCUCCUGCGCCGUUUCUUUGCAUUGUCGGGUACAGUUUUCUUACUUCGCUGUGUCACAAUGCUCAUAACUUCGCUCUCUGUACCUGGGACACAUCUCCAGUGCAACCCAAGAGUGGUGAAGGAUUCAGAUGAAUGGAAGAAACAUGGGGAGCUUUGGGCAAAAAUACAGCAUGCCUACAUAAUCUGGAGAGGAGCCGGCAUGUCUAUCCAAGGGGUGAGAACAUGUGGUGACUACAUGUUCAGUGGUCACACUGUUGCUCUCACUAUGCUCAAUUUCUUCAUCACUGAAUAUACACCUCGACAUCUGUACUUUGUCCAUACGUUCACAUGGCUUCUCAACAUGUUUGGCAUAUUUUUCAUUCUGUCAGCACAUGAGCAUUAUUCAAUUGAUGUUUUUGUUGCAUUCUACAUUACUUCACGUCUGUUUCUUUAUUACCAUACACUUGCUAAUAAUCAGGCUUUAAUGCAAAGAGAUUCGAACAGAACUCGAAUAUGGUUCCCACUCUUCAGUUUCUUUGAAUCAUCUGUUGAUGGUAUUGUUCCUAAUGAGUAUGAAUCACCAGUUAUUCCCCUACGGAAACUGUUUCUGUGGCUCAAAGAAAGACUGGGGAAGUUGGUGUCGCUGACAGUGCAAGAAUCACAUUCUAGACUGCGACACAUUGAUUCUAAAAAUAAAUAGUGUAUCAUAUAAGGUGGAACACUGCUGGGAUAUUUUCUGUUUUUGGGUAUGGGAUAAAUAGCACAAUUGACAGACACAUCAGGAGACUUCUAAGAUGUACAGUAACGUGCUUUCUCAAUAAUGUAUAUUUAAUUGCAGGGAUUUUUAAAUAUAUUUUUGUGACAUGGUUGAAAAAUUUAUAGGGCCAUGGAAAGAAGUGUAAAGCAUGAAAUGCUAGUGAGUUAACCAAAAAUAAGCUCUUCUUGUAGUUCAAGUUCUGUCACAUUUGUUUCCAUUUAGCCCAAAGGUGCAUAAAAGAAGCAUAGAGCAUUUACCAGAAUUGAUGACAUAGCAUAGAGGUGAAUAAUAAUACUAUUUUUUAAUACAACAUAUGAUACAAGGAAGUUUGUAAUGUAUCCAAAAUUGGCUUUAAAAAAUAUAAACAAUAUUUUUGUAAAGUGUGUGUGUUUGAAGUGAUAUGUUGUGAGCUAUUUUCAACAUUUAUUAUUCCAGUCCAAUACACAUAAUAAUUAACAAUAAUCAUACCCCUCAAAAGGUUAACAGAAAAUCAUGUAAUUUCCAUGGUUAAAUGUAAGAUACUUUUCUUCUGGUUUAUUUGCUGACAUUACACUUACUGAGUAAGUAGACUAGUAAUUCUGUAAAGAAGUUCCACACAAAAGGUUUUUAACAUUGAAAUGAGAAGUCUGUAAUAUGAAAUAUCUUUUGUGGAUUCUAAUGCAGAUUGAUUAAAAAUGGCUGUAACUGACUGAAUUUUGUUUUUUAAUAAAGAGAUUAAAAUAAAAUUUAAAUUAAAAGCAAUUUCACUAAAAGCACAAAAACAUGCAGUAAACAUUUAAACUGCAAUAGUUUUAUAGUAGCAAAGAUAAGAUAAUUGUGAAUGGUGAAUUGAAAAGGAUAUGAAAAUAGCCAUAGCCUGUUUUAAGGAAUUUACCUAGAGAGACUUACGAAAAUGACAAAAGUCUGUCUGGAUAGCCAGUCUCCAAACAAGAUUAAAAUCGUGGACCUCCCAGGCAAGAGUAUUAAUCACUUGGCUGUGAUGUUAGUUAACAUGGCUUGAAUCGAUUAAUCACAUUCAGGCAAAUGCUUAUGCUCCUAAAGCAGUCACAUCUUAUGAGGCAAAAGACAGAUGAUGAUGGACAUUGAGCCAGUAGAAGACCACACUACCAAAACAUUUAACAUUUUUAUACUCAUGAUGUAGCAUUAAGUUCAUGUUUUAGUUCCUAUCUUGAAUGAACAUUUAUUGUCAGACAGUUUAAUAAUUGUUUUCUUGUUGUAUUGAUAGUUUCCCAGGUUCAGUGUUUUGUUCAUCAACAUUUCUGUGACUCAUAAAUACCUAGCAUAACUGAAGAAUAGCUAUAAUAACAUAUUUUCAGUAUAACAGUUAAACCAUCACUGAACAUGUGUGUUUAGGUUCAAACUUUCAUUUUAAUUCAUAGGCAUACUUUGACAGCCAUAGGGACAUCCAUGUUUGGGAGACAUUAGCUAUUCUGAUAGUUGUAAAGCAUCACCAGAUGAAAAUCAAACACUUCACUUCUUGGACAACAGAUAUCAUGAAUCUACAAAUAAGUAUCAAAAUAAUUUUGAUUUUUUUGUUGAAAGCUUUGAAUUUUAUGUGGGCAAACAUGAGUACAAACUCAAUUAGUAUGCCAUUGUGGUACAUUUAAAUAUUGUUUGUGCAUGUUGUCAACUUUAUCUCAUGUUAAUGCAGCCCUGCAAAUCUCAGUUCCAGGGAUCUUACUUUUAAAUAUAAUUUAAUGUACUUUUUUCACUUUUCAGACUCUUUAAUAUUUAUUUUAAAAUAUAAAUAAGGAUAUACAAAAUCCAUAUAUAAGGAGUAUGAUUUUGUAGUUCAGUAGAUCAGAAAUAAUGGAAUCCUACUUGCAAGGCUGUGCUAAUUUAGUUAUAGAAAUUAUUUGGAAUAUGCAUUAUUACAAGGGGAAUUUAAAUGAAAACAAGAUAAUGGGUAGAGAUACAUGCUGCUUUUAAUUAAUGGCACAUUAUUUAUUUUUUUACAUAAUACACCAUCUAGAUCGAAGGUACUCCAAACUUCUUUUAUUGGAGCUCCAAAAUAUAUUCAGUUGGCAUUGUAGAGCCAACAUUCUUGUGGAGUAGAUGUAUAACAUUUGUCAGUCGAUGUUUAACUCAGACUGACCAUGGAAAAUACAGGCAAACCCUAAUAUGGCACCGUACUGUGUGCUGCUACUGUCACAUUCUGCUCAUGAAAGCCUCAGAAUUGAAAUUCCUAUGUAAUUUCGAAGGGAGUUCAUCUGGUAAAAUGCCACCAUCCACCAACAUUUGUGAUAAUAUUAUUGUACAGCUAAUUGUUACAAUAAAGUCUUAUACAGUA